AUGAAAACGUUGUUUCUGGAUUUUCUAACUGGAUAUUCUACACCAGAAAAUGUCUAUAAGAACGAAAUUCUUCAUACCCUUCAAGAAAAACUAAACAGUGUGAUUGAAGAAAUAUCAAAAAAUAGCCCAACUGCAGUUCUAUGGUUCCAAUACAUAAAACAGGUAGAACUCAUCACAGACUUUUCAUUCAGAACUCGCAACUGGGACUUGCAUUUCCUUUACAUAAGGCUUAUGCUGCCAUAUUUUCAUGCUGCCACUUACCACUAUGCCAAGUCAGCCCACUUGUAUGUUCAGCAAUGUGACGAUCUUGAACGUAUGCACAAGAACGAAUACGAAAAAUUUGUAAAGCAAUAUUUCACUAUUCGUCGUUCGGAGGAGUUUUGGACUGGCGUCCCUACAGAUCAAGUCAUCGAGCAGGAACUGAUGAGAAACUUCAAGGGACAAAUGACACAUGAAAGAGGUAUAACCUAA